AAGAAGAAAAAAUUGCAAAUAUAAAUCACUCUUGACGCCAGCAAAAAAAAAAAAAAAAGCCAGAAUGGAAAACAAAUAUAUAAUUCUUGGCUUUGUAAUACUGGUGGGAUGUUGCGUGCCUCCCUCCCUGUGUUCCACGCGGAAAUAUGAGUGCCCUGUGGAUCAUGAGUGCCAGACUUUUGGGUUGGAGGACCUCGGGCUGGGCACUAACGAGGCGGCCUUCUGCCAGGGGCCUGACUCCACGCCGCUUUGCUUUGGAAUCUUCACCAACGGCACACUCCUCCCGGAUGGAUCUGGGAGCAUCACCACCACCACUCCCUCCAACACCCCUACACCUACUGGCACUCCAAACACUCCUACUGACACCCCAAACACCCCUACUGACACCCCAAACACGCCUACUGACACCCCAAACACCCCCACUGACUCUCCAACCCCAACUGACUCUCCAACCCCUACCCCUGUUACACCCACUGAGAUCCCCACUGAUUCUCCCAGCCCAUCCUGCCAGCCAGCCUCGUGUGCAGGGAAAAUGGCAGGGGUGUACUUCCAUCAGAAUUGUGACUGUCGCCUUUACUACACGUGCUUUGGGUCAGUGGUGGAUGAGAGUGUUUUGGUUUUGACCGACCACAGGUGUACCGGCGGCCAGGUGUUUGAUCCUGAUGCUUCUGCCUGUACUAGUGACCUGUCAGUUUGUCGCUUGAGGUUUGCUUAGUGGUGGUUGUGAGUCAUGGAGUUUUAUUUACCUAUCUCGUUUGAAGCACUUGAUUGUUGCUUUUUUUUUUUUUUUUUUUUUUUUACAUGAGGUUAAUUGGUUAGAAUUGAUUUAGAGUGAGCUUUCCAAAGACGUAUGUGACAGGAAGAGGAGUGAUGGAGUAGUUUAGGUAUUUAUAGUAGCUGUAGUUUUAUUUAUGUAUAGUAUUGGUCAUUGAGUCAGAAAAUAAGCAAGUGUCAUUGUGUCAUUGGCUGCCAAAGAGUGAUGGAAGUGGGAAGUUUAGCUCUGUGAUUGGUUUCUUAUCACAGACAGUGUGAUUGAAAGAUGAACACUCAUAAGAGAAGAUAGAAAAAAUGUAUGUUUAUAUUGAAAGAUUUAUACUUAUGAGGAUGAAUAAGAAUAUAUGUUUAUGUUUGAGAGAUGAACACUAUUAGAGUAAGAAAGAAAUGUUUAAAAAAUGAUUGCUUAUUGAAUGUAAAAAAAUAUGUGAUUAUAUUUGAAAUCAAUUAUUAGAGUAAAUACAAAGAUAAAUAUAUAUGUUUGCUUAGUUAUUUUAUGAUCUACAGACAAACCAGAAUUACAAACUAACAAAUCCCUGAGAAAAUAAAUGUUACCCUUUA